AUGUCCAAUGAAUACUUGGGUGAUUUAAUUGAAAAUCUAUUAGGACCUGUUGCCAGAAAUAAUCUUACACGAAUAAUUAUUUCUAUCGCUUACGCAAUUCCACAGAAACCACCUAAAGGAAUUACGCAAAAAUGUUGUAAAAUCGGCGGUGUUGAUUGCACAGCAUAUGAUAUUGAUAAAAGAAAGUCUGACGGAUUAUUUGUUUUCAUUCACGGUGGUGGAUGGUGCACAGGAAGCACAAAAUAUUACCAUGGAAUUCUCUACCAACUCGUAGAGCGAAUGGGUAUUCCCGCCGUUUCAAUCGAUUAUCGAUUGGCACCGGAAUAUCAGUAUCCAGCAGGAUUAGAUGAUUGUGAAGCUGUUCUCAAGGAAUUGCAUUACUCUGGAUGCGAUCAUUUGAAAUAUGAUAAAUCAAAGAUUAUCCUCGCAGGAGACAGUGCUGGAGGAAAUCUUACCGCUGCGUUGUGUUACAGACUAAUCCAGAAUAAUGAACAAUUCAUCAAAGCGCAAGUCCUCAUUUAUCCAGUCACCCAUAUGUUUAACUUCCAUUCGCCUUCAUACCAGGAAUAUUGGAAAAAAUAUGCUGGAACUGCCUUGUUGAAUCCCAAACACAUGGCACGAUGGUGCCUUCUUUAUUUGGGAAUUCCGGCUACUAAAGAAAACAUUAAAAAGCUGAUGAAUUCGCAACAUUUGGCUGAAGAGCUGGAGUCGUCGACCGAGUUUCAAAAUCUAAUUCACUAUGAGAACCUACCAAACGAAUUCAAAGAGAAUCAUUCAAUCAGAAAUCGAAAACCAAUUGACAAAGAACUAGCGGAAAAGUUCAUGAAAGUAGCAACAAAUCCUGAAAUCAGCCCAUUGUUUGGAAUUACAUCUGAUUUGCCAACAACCCUUGUUUUGACUGCUGGAUAUGAUAUUUUAAGAGAUGAGGGUAUCCAGUAUGCGCAAAAAUUGAAAGAAUCUGGUGUGAAAACAGAAUGGAAGCAUUUUCCGCGAGCUUUUCAUGAAAUGAUGAACGAGGUUAUUCAAUUUACUAAAGAAUUAUUGUAA